AAGCCAAAUAAUAGAAUAAGUUUUCUAUUAUUUAAUCGAAAUUUUCAAUUUUCAACACAAGCAUUUCAUAGAAAACUGAGAGGAUUAAGGACCAGUACCAUGCCCUGUAAACGUUCGACCUGUUCGACCUUCCGUCUGGUGGUAUCCAAAUACUUUAAGAAGCAACGCAAAUAUAAGGGCACCUUCUUAACGGCGAUGGUAAUGCCAAUCAUAUUUUCUCUGUUUAUCAUUUUGGUGCGAUAUACGCCCAACAUUAACGAUAUUGAAAAUCAAUCAACGCAAGCGAUCCAAUAUGAGGUCUGGUGGCAGGAGCUUAUCGAGAAGAUAAACAAACGUCGCGAGCGCAUGAUCAAAGAGGACAGAAGCUUUAAGAGCAACGUCUUUGUGCCACAUAUAGGUGUCGGCUAUGCCCCAAACACAACGGCUGGCAUCCGUCGACUGGUCGAACGCGCGCUGAGCGGCAUGUCCCUGAAACUGGACGAAAUCUAUGGAUAUUCCAGUUGCGACGAAAUGCGUAUCCGAUCGCAAAUGAAAUAUUUUAUUGCCAGCUUGUGCUUUCACGACAUCAGCGAAUCAAUUCGCGGCCUGCCCGUAAAGCUGAAUUUUUCCAUAUUGAUGUCAUCGGAGUUGAGGUAUUACGACAACACCUGGAUAGGCGAUUCGUGGCAUAUCGAUUUGACGCUCGACACGCAUCCAUCGACAAUUUCCGACACUGCCAACAUAACAACCGCAUCGAACUAUGUCCGUGAGGGCUUCAUAUCUCUGCAGCACUCCGUAUCGCUUCAGUAUCUGAAGAUGGCAUCCGGCGACGCUGAGUUACCAACGGUUAUCUUACGACCCUUCAAACUAAAUAAUACCGUACACGAGCUAAUAGCCGAGGGCGUUGACUCGGCUGUAUUAGUGCUGAUAAUUGGAUUCAUGUUUCCCGUCGCCAUUUUGACAAAGGAAAUCGUUGAGGAGCGUGAGCUGUCCUAUCAUUAUGCGCUGCAUCGCAUCACUAGCCGAACCCUGUGGCAGCUCGCGGCGUGGUAUUGCAACAGUUUCAUACUGCAGCUGAUAUCGUGUGCCAUAUUCAUACUGGUGUUAAAGGUGGAGUGGACCGUCAAUACGGCGGUGUUCAAGAAGUGUCCGUGGUCAAUCUUGAUGCUCUUCUUCCUGUGCUAUGUGAUAUCCGUGUCGGCUUUUUGUCUUAUGAUGGCCGUCAUCAUAAGCACCACCAAAUUGGUGGUGAUAAUAAUACCGAUAUACUGGAUUAUAGCACCGCUGCCGUUGCUCUCGGGCCAGUCACUGGAUACGUCCUUAUCGAGCAUCGUCCUGGCUAUGACCUCCUAUCUAUUGUGCAAUGUGACAAUGUAUCGCGGCCUGAAGCGAAUGCUGAGCCUGGAGAAUCAUUUGUAUACGCUGAGCAGCAAAGAGUAUCUAAUUUCGACGCUGGUGACCAGCGACAUAACGCUGUUACACCUAAUUGUAUGCUUUUUGGGGCAAACCAUUCUGUAUCUGAUAUUGGCGAUUCUUUUGGACCAAAACAUAGUGCCUUGGGUACGUAAGUUGAUCAAGUGCUUGCCGUGCCGACACCAGGCUUGGCGGACUCGACGCUGGCUCCGGCGGCGUCGCAGGCGAAAAAGAAAAAUGCUCGAAUUGGAUCAAGAUCAGGUGAUGACCAAGAAGCUGCCGGCAGCCAUUUCCCCAAUCAUCGAUUAUCAAAAUGAAAAGAUUAGCCAAACCGUGGACCUACACCCCCAGCAGACAAGUCAAAUUAUUCCAGGCCGGCUAUCGGGUCAAUCGAAAAGGCGCAACAGCGUCUCACCCCAAAUAUUCCCAAGUAAUAAGAGCAGCGAAAGCGAAUCGGGCAGCACAUCCGAAUCGAGCGACCCCGUAGUCCGGGCUGGGCAACAUCAGAACGUAUUGGAUAAGCAACUGGUGGUUUGGCUGAGCAACAGCGGCAUGAGGACGAGAUUCGGCAGUAAGAGCUCUUACAAAUUAGACGCAGGAUCAAGCCAAUCGUUUGACAAGCCGAAAGGCUCGAUUGAAAAUGUAGAUGGCUACGAAAACUCCGAGGAGGAGACUGAGAUCAAAGGGCGCAUUGUCAUCGAGUUUAUCAACGUGUGGAAGAAGUUCCACAAGACCUAUGUCGUGCGCAACUUCUCGCUGCAAGUAUAUGAGAAUCAGUUGAUGGUGCUACUGGGUCACAAUGCAGCCGGCAAAACGACCAUAUUCAAUAUGACCUGCGGACGGACGUUGCCCAGCUAUGGCAGCAUACUAAUCAAUGGCCACAGCGUGGUCAACCAUCCGGUGCGCGCCUUGCAACACGUGGGCAUAUCUUUGCAGAGCCUCAAUAUCUUCACCGAAUUCACGUUCACCGAGCAGCUGACCUAUAUCUGUCGUCUGCGCGGCCUGACGCUGCUGCAAGCGACAAACGACAUCACCGACUAUUUGAAUACACUGCAUGCGGAGAACCUGGCCCAGUUGCCCGUUCAACAGUUGACCAUCGGGCACAGGCGACUGCUCCAGGUGCUCUGCGCCUUUGCCGGACGCACGAAAAUCGUGCUGCUCGACAGGCCCAUGGAGGGCGUGGACGCGGAGCAGCGCCGUCACUUUUACAUCUUCAUCAAUCGCGAGCGAAUCAAGCGCACCAUUUUGAUAACAACCAACUAUCCGCACGUGGCCAGCAAUCUGGGCGAUCGCAUUGCCAUCCUGAUCAGUGGCAGGCUGUUUGCCUGCGGCCUAGAGAAGAGUCUGAUGCACCAAAACAGGCAUGCCUAUCGCUUGGUGUGCUAUUUGGGCGUCAAAUGCAACUUUCAACUGUUAAUCAAUUUUCUCAACCACCACGUACCCGACCUGAAGGUGCAAUUGAAGAUGGGCGACAUAGCCAUCUUCUCAGUAGAGCACGCCGAAAUGAAUUCGUUGUAUAAAUUGAUCAAUUUGGUGGACAGCAAGAUGAAUACACUGCACUUGGAUAGCAUUAAGCUGUUGACCACCGGCUUGGACGAGAUUUUGCUGAAGGCCUUGAUGCAUACGUCCAAGCGGAGCACUGGACAGCUGACAAAUAUCUUGCCCAAGCUGGCCAAUCGGAUACGCAUAAUCGAGGAGACGCGACCGCGCACUAAGGUCGGCUGUUUCGUGGCCAACAUACGUAAAUGCCUCGGCCACAUUCAGGUGGUGCUGAGCAAGCGUUUCCUGAUCGACACGCGCUGCUGCUUGGUGCCAGUGCUUCAGAUCAUGCUGCCAACGUUAUUCUGCAUUUUGUGCCUCAUCAUGCCGCACUUGACCAAGAACCGCAUGCGGCUGCCAACAACGACCAUGACGUUGGGUAUACUGAAGCGGACGACGAUACUACUGAGCCAAAGAGCCAACAGGGAGCCGGUGCGAGAGGCGAGCAAACAUUAUCUGCACUUUGCCACUGAGGAUCAGCCGAUUAUCGAUUUGGAGCCGAGCGAAGAUCCGCUCAGUUACAUCAAGUGGUAUACGUCAAAGAAUCUGAUCAUAACCGAUCUCAAUUUCGCAAUAGCAGCGAUAUUCCAAGAUCAGGUUGUCGAGGCGCUCUACAACAACAAUCUGAUGCACUCGGCGCCAGUUAGCCUGAAUCUGGUUAUGAACGCAUUAGCCGUCGGCUUUGUGCAUCCCACCGCCGAAAUAGCUGUUCAAAUGGAGCUAAUGGCCCACUCCACGUUGCAUACGUUCAUAUUUUCGGAUAGUUUCAAUGACGUGGAUUGGGUCAUCCCAUUGACGUUGAGCUUGUGUUUCUGUUACAUUUGGGCACUGCCGCUGCUAGACUUCGGGCUGGGCCACGAAACGGCCUACAAUCGCUUGGAGGUAAUCAGCGGCAUGCGCUUCGGCACCUUAUGUAUUGCCUACUUCAUUUACGGUAUCCUGGUCAUAUUAAUUUCGAUUGUUGCAUUGAACGGAAUCAUGUUCGCCUGCUACAGAUCUCUGCCAAUGGAUAUGUAUUUCAACUUUAUCUUUAACUAUACCAUACUGGUGUCGGGCGCUUGCAUCAUGUCCAUCAAUAUCCUAUUCUCGUUUUGGCUAGCAGAGCUGCGUAUUGGUUACAUUCUGCUCAUCGCAUUCUACUCGAUUGGCAUCGUAUUCCAUCUGUCCGCCAGCGAGGUUGAAAUCUUCAAGGAGUACGGCGACAUCGCCAAGCUGAACAUGUUUCCGAACUAUGCGCUCUUUAACAAUCUGAUGCGACUCAACUACUUCAUCGAGAUAACCGAGCUGUGCAAAGACGAUGUGACGUACAAGACCAGCGUGUUCCUCGAGCACUGCGAUAAGCAGCCAAACUGCUGCUAUGAAUUGAACUUAAGUGAUCUGCAUAUGGACCUAACAUUUUUUACGUUUGUAUCAAUAAUAUUAAUCUGGGGAUUCGUCUAUAUACGCUAUGGUCUAAUUGCGGCCAAGAGGAAACCACCCAGACGUCGUGACGAUAUAAAGAAAGACAUCGAUCCAGACAGCUGCUUUGACCAAAGCGUUCUGCACUUCAGCAACAAAACUGAGUCGGACAACUCGUGGAUACGUGAGAAGAUACGUGUGCGCACAGUGGAGCGCCCCUUGAUCCAAACGAAGGCGCUGUACGUUGAAAACCUGGCCGUGUUCUUUCGCACCCACGUGGUGCUGAAGAACAUCAACAUGCUGGUGGAACGUUACCAAAUCAUGUCUGUGGUGGGUGUGAAUGGAUCGGGUAAGACGGUGCUGGUCAAGACGAUACUUGGGGCCAAUCAUCAGAGUGCCGGCAGCAUUAGCAGCUUUGGCCAUCAUUCGUAUCAGUACAGCGAGAAUGAGAACUAUAAGCUGAUUGGCUACUGCGCCCAGGACAACACGAUCAAAGAGGCGCUGACUGUGGUCGAGUACAUUCAGGCCGUGCUGACCAUACGCGGCCUGAAGCCGGCGCAAGCCUUGGAGGAGACAAUCAACCUGUUGACAAUAUUCAAUCUCUAUAGCAGUCGCUACAUCCUGCUGCCCCACUGCAGUCGCGGUGUGCUGAAGCGUGUCAGCUUGGCCAUAUCGCUGAUCGGCUAUGCUGGCCUCAUACUGAUGGACGAGCCGUUUGCCUACUUGGACUUGAGCAGCCAGAUAAGCAUCUACAGCCUAAUUCACUCGCAGUGCUCACAGGGCCAGGCUGUGCUCUUCACCACCUCCGAUACGAAGCACUGCGACGUGGCCAGCCGCGCGGCCGUGCUCAAUCGCACCAAUCUGUGCGUCAUCGGCGAUCGGAACGAGCUGCAGGUGAAGCACUUCAUGGACUUCAUUGUGGUCAGGGCGCGCAUCAAGAUGCGACGAUUGCGGGCGCCAUCCCUAAAUGACGACGACGCCGACUUGUCCGAACUGUACAAGUUUCGCGACAUACGCCAGAACAAAAUGUACUUUGAAUACUGUUCGAUAAUCGAACAGUACUUCCCGCACGCCAUCGUCAAAAACAUGAACAAUCACAUAGCCACCUUUUGGCUAUCUAGGAACAUGUACACCAUGUCGCUGGUAAUGGAGACGCUGCACAACAACAGCGAAAUAUUUUUCCCAUUCAAGAUCAGUGCGCCUUUUCUCAAAUCGUUGUUCAUCAACAUUGUGGGCAAGAAGAGUCAGGACGUGCAAAUACUCGAGGACGAAGAUAUCUAAUUGUCGGGAAAAUCCAUUCUAGUAUCGAAUC